UUCACAUCGUGGUGGUUGUUGUUGUCGUGGUGGUUGUUGUUGUUUACCCAGGUAGAGCCUCGCUCCGUCUCUCUCUUGUAGGGAUAUAAAUUGAGUAGCAGCGAGUAUGGAAUCGAUGUCCAGGUUGGAACAUUACAACGCGGGGCCUUGCCUCCUGCCCUCGCUUGAUUGUAUUUGCUUUAAUUAUCUGCUCAAGUUUAAUUUGUCUUCACCUGGCUCACUACUUUGAAAUGUGUUUCUUUUAAUUAUUUCUACAGUUUUUUUUUUAUCCUACCAGGCCAAGCCCACUUCAGAUGCUAUACCGCUCUUGUUUUCAGAAGCGACCUGCCCACAGCAAAGUGGCUUAUCAACGUGUGGAAAUGUGUAUCGGUCAAACACUCUAAACGCGUGGUGAUGUUGACUCUUAAUGUGGAGGGAAAAACCAUGAGGAUCCGGAGGAAAAUCCACGCGACCACAAGGAGAGAGACACGCAAAUUAUAAAUAUACAUCCUUAAUACAGAAUUGGUCUGAUGGAGCAAAGGCACUCAGCGCAGCUCGGUACAAGAAGGAAAUAUUGCGACCAGUAUCCAAACAGCACGGAUCGUACUGGAAGUUUGACACAGCACCAGAGAACUCACACAGGAGAGAAACCCUUCAGGUGUAGUGUGUGUGGGAAGGGAUUUUCAGAUUCAUCGACUCUUAAAAAACACCAGAGAACACACACAAGAAGGAAACCUUUCAAAUGCACUGUCUGUGAGAAGGCAUUUGCACGGGCAGCAGAUCUUCAGAUCCACCAGAGAACACACACAGGAGAGAAACCCUUCAAGUGCAGUGUGUGUGGGAAGGCAUUUUCAAGUUCAUUUUAUUUUAAAAGACACCAGAGAAUACACAAAGGAGAUAACCCCUUCAAGUGCAGUGUGUGUGAGAAGGAAUUUUUACAGUCAUCACAUCUUAAAAAACACCAGAGAACACACACAGAAGAGAAACCCUUCAGGUGCACUAUCUGUGGGAAGGCAUUUGCAGAUUCACCGAUUCUUAAAAAACACCAGAGAACACACACAAGAGAGAAACCUUUCAAAUGCAAUGUCUGUGAGAAGGCAUUUGAAUGGGCAGCAUUUCUUAAGAUCCACCAGAGAACACACACAGGAGAGAAACCCUUCAAGUGCACUGUGUGUGAGAGGGGAUUUGCACGGUCAUCAGAUCUUCAUCGACACCAGAGAACAUACAGGCAUCAGAAGAUCCCCAAGGAGUGUCGUCUGAAAUCGACUUGUGAAAGUCAAAGUGCUACAAUGAGCCCAUCCCUCCUGAAAAAAGAACCAGAAGUACAUUCCAGCUUGGACGAUAUGAAAUGUAUCAAGGUGAAAUGUGAAGAGGCGAUAGUGAAGAGCGAAGAAGUGAAGGUAAAAUGUGAAGAUGUGAUGGUGAAGAGCGAAGAUGUGAAGGUAAAAUGUGAAGAUGAAGAUUCAACUCCAAAAUCGGACCUUCACAUCGAUGGAGGCAACGUGAAGCAGGAGGAGAAUUCUGACUGUGAGGCAGAGCGAGGCAACUCCCAGGAGUUUGUGGAAGUGGAGGUGUGGGUGGACUUCUUAGACAAAACAAAGUCAAAUGGAGACCCGGUAGAUGUGUAAGCUUGAGACAAUGAAGCCCCAGUAGAUUCACCUUUGUCACAGGCCUUUAAUGAAAGAAUGUGAAGUUGAACACUCAAUUCUUAGGUUCAACCUGCAGAGUAAGAGGGGCAGUAUUUGCAGACCUGUGGGUUGGGUAUAUAUAUCAAUUUAUAACAUUUUUUACAUGCGUUUUUCUGGAUUUUUGUUGUUGUUAUUCUGUCUCUCACUGUUCAAAUAAACCUACCAUUAAAAUUAUAGACUGAUCAUUUCUUUGUCAGUGGGCAAACGUACAAAAUCAGCAGGGGAUCAAAUACUUUUUUCCCCUCACUGUAAAUAAUGUUUUUUUACUUCCAACCUGUGACGAGAGGAUUGAAUACAUGGUGACAGCAAGCACACGCGUGCACAAUAGGUCACGACUUCAAAGGCCACAGCGCCCCUUUUUGACAGACUGCAAGUCUGAUGCAAAAAAUGUUUAACGCUUCCAACCCGUGAUGGAAUUGUGGGGAACGCUGCCCAAAACGAAUACACAUAAACAGGGAUACAAUUGUGUUAAAAGCUUUCUUUUCAUCACAUAAUCUUGCCAGCGAAUAUAUUAAAGCCCUUAGCUAAUUGAUGCACAUUUGUUAGACAAGCAAGCAUUACGUUAAUUGCAUAACACUGGUCAACAAAAAAAACAUUUUUAUCUGGCCUGGACUUUUGCAGCUGUUUUAGACUUAUUUCAGGGUGCCUAUUCCAAAUCUGAUCUCAGAUUUGCUCUAUCACAUCUCAUUUUUAUGCUAUCGGCAUACCCCAUUUUCAUUGAUUUUACCCGAAAUUAACUCUGUCACUUAUGAUUGCAAGUUGUUGCGAGUCAGUGACUGCUUUAGUGUUAAAAUAUGGUGCUGUAUUUUUAGGAUAGUGUGUUUAUAAAAUAAUUUUAUGUAGAUAUCCACAUUUAUUUAAUAUUUGGAAUCAGCACCCCAAAAUUAUCUUAAAACCGUUGGAAUACCUUAUGCCAGAAAAAGCGUGUUGACCAGUGUAAUCUAACAAAUGAAUUCAUUGAGGUCUACCUUUGCUUAGGCACAUGUUUCUUUAUUACUGUUCGUAUGAAUAUUGUCACAUUAAUUUAAAAACUUUUUCCUGUCGCUGUGUAUGAUCACCUUACUCUGAAGAAUGAGCCAAUUGUUCUGUUACCCAGUUUUACAAACAUAAUUAUUGAGGGUUAAAUGUACGGUUCAAUGAGGAGGACAUCUCCAGGAGUACUGUGUUGGCAUUCCUAGCGUAAGAAUUUGCAUGUUAGAAUGUUACGUGUUUUUUUUAGAUUAAAGUUGCUUAACACAGAAGAGUCUGAGUGGUGCCU